CACGGUCACACUUCUGAAAAUUCCAUUAAAACGAGAAAAAAAAACGUAGCGAAAGAGAGAAAUUACGACGUCUGCAGGGCCGUAGCGAAAAACCAGCAAAUACUGAGACAGAGUGACUAUGAUUGUUGUUAAGUGAAAGCAGCAUUAAGGAAAACGGCCAGCGGUAGAGGGAAAGCAGCGGAAUCAGCGUUUGGAAAACCAGCAGAAAGCGAAUCAAAGCUGGAAGGCGAUAAAGCGGCUCACCAGGCACCAACAACACAGCAGCAGCAGCAGCCAGGGAAAGUGCGAGAGUGUGCGUGCGUGUGAGUGAGGGUGCGAGUGUGUGUGGGCAGUGGAAACUGAACUGAGCCAAGAGAGAGCGAGUGCGAGAGAGAGCCAGAGUGGAAGUGGGAGCGGGAGAGGAGCAGUCCGAUUCCGAAUCCCGUAAUAGAAACAAUAGAAGCCCCCAGACCAUGUCUUCGAAUAACCAGAACCAGAGCGCCGUUGGCCAGGCGGCAACAAGUGCCCGUACAACAGAAGCCACAGAUGCCAAUAGUACCGCCUCCAACAACAACAAUAGCAGCAGUACCGCUGCAGCGGGCGCCACCUCGCAGAGCAACAACAGCGAAAGCAGCAGUCCCACCACUGGAACGGGCACGGUAGCGACCACUGGAAAGCUGCACGGUGGCCACACGGCAGUAAACACCAAGGAGCGGGUGGUGGACAGCGUCCCCUUCCCGCCCAGCCACAAGCUGACUCUGGCGGAGGUGUUCGACCAGCGGACCGGAAAGCCCAACCAUGAGGUGCUCAAGCAGCACUUCAUCCUGGAGGGCCGGAUCGAGGAGGCGCCCGCCCUGAAAAUCAUUCAGGACGGAGCUGCUCUGCUGAGGCAGGAGAAGACGAUGAUCGACAUCGAGGCGCCGGUGACGGUGUGCGGCGAUAUCCACGGCCAGUUCUACGACCUGAUGAAGCUGUUCGAGGUCGGUGGCUCGCCGGCGACCACCAAGUAUCUGUUCCUGGGCGACUACGUCGAUCGGGGCUACUUCAGCAUCGAGUGCGUCCUGUAUUUGUGGUCGCUGAAGAUCACCUAUCCGCAGACGCUGUUCCUGCUGCGCGGCAACCACGAGUGCCGGCACCUGACCGAGUACUUCACCUUCAAGCAGGAGUGCAAGAUCAAGUACUCGGAGCGCGUGUACGACGCCUGCAUGGACGCGUUCGACUGCCUGCCGCUGGCGGCGCUCAUGAACCAGCAGUUCCUGUGCGUGCACGGCGGCCUUUCGCCCGAGAUACACGAGCUGGAGGACAUUCGGCGGCUCGACCGCUUCAAGGAGCCGCCCGCCUUCGGCCCCAUGUGCGACCUGCUGUGGUCGGACCCACUGGAGGACUUCGGCAACGAGAAGAACUCGGACUUCUACACGCACAACUCCGUGCGCGGCUGCUCGUACUUCUACAGCUACGCCGCCUGCUGCGACUUCCUGCAGAACAACAACCUGCUGUCGAUCAUCCGGGCGCACGAGGCGCAGGACGCCGGCUACCGCAUGUACCGCAAGAGCCAGACCACCGGCUUCCCCUCGCUGAUCACCAUCUUCUCGGCGCCCAACUAUCUCGACGUGUACAACAACAAGGCGGCGGUGCUGAAGUACGAGAACAACGUGAUGAACAUCCGGCAGUUCAACUGCUCGCCGCACCCUUACUGGCUGCCCAACUUCAUGGACGUGUUCACCUGGUCGCUGCCCUUCGUGGGCGAGAAGGUCACCGAGAUGCUGGUGAACGUGCUGAACAUCUGCUCCGACGACGAGCUCAUGACCGAGGAGAGCGAGGAGCCGCUCUCGGACGACGAGGCGGCGCUGCGCAAGGAGGUGAUCCGCAACAAGAUCCGUGCCAUCGGCAAGAUGGCGCGCGUCUUCUCCGUGCUGCGCGAGGAGUCCGAGUCGGUGCUGCAGCUGAAGGGCCUGACGCCCACGGGCGCCCUGCCCCUCGGCGCCCUCUCCGGCGGCAAGCAGUCGCUCAAGAACGCCAUGCAGGGCUUCUCGCCCAACCACAAAAUUACCUCGUUCGCGGAGGCCAAGGGCCUGGAUGCCGUCAACGAACGGAUGCCGCCGCGGCGGGACCAGCCGCCCACGCCCAGCGAGGAUCCGCACCAUCAGGCGCAGCACAGUCAGCAGGGCGGCAACAAUGGGGCCGGCCACGGGUAAGCUGUGCCUUCUUCGUAUGCGGCUGCAGGACGAGGAUGCGGAUGCGGAUGCGGCACGGAGGAGUCUGGCGAGGAGUGGUCUGGAGGAGGGGCCGUGUGGAGAGGAGCGGAGCGGAGGCAACACAAAGAACACCAACCGAACGGAACCUUAAUUAAGCUUAAUGUGGCAGAGCAACAACUUAAAUACUAAAACCGAUUCUAAUUCUAAGUACUUGGCAUAAUCCCCUGCAUUUCGUGAGUGAUCGAGCCCGCACCAGCUCCAUGCCCAUGCCCAUGCCCACGUCCAUGUCCAUGGCCUAGAUUCUCCAAAAACCUCCAAACAGCACGGAGCAGAGAUUUGUUUUUACGCAGGCGCGCGCACAUUGGAUAUUAGAAUUAUGUGUGGCAUACUUUGGCGCGCCGGCCCCCAGGAAAAUUCCCUUUCUCAAGAGCAGAAAACCAACCGUAACCCAUAACCUAGCUUAAGUUGUAAUGUAUAAACCGAAAUGGGCAAAUUUUAAUAUGGAAAAUGAACAAAACCGAAAGAAAAUCCCCCCCGCAAAAACGUAAAAAAAAAAAAGAGAAGAUGAUGAACCCGGGAAGAAAGAAGCACUAACCCAAAAGAAGAGUUGGGAAAAAAUCCAGCGCUAAUCUGUUUCAAACAUUUAGCAGCGCCAAAAAGAAGCGUACAUAUAUGUAUACAUAUGAUUAUAUAGAAUUAUCGAGGCAUAGAGCCGAGAUGUAACCGAAAGUGUAAUGAAAUUCGAAAUGAACAAAGGUCAUUUAUGUAAUAAUCGUAAUCCUUGAACUAGAAAUGUAAUCUUGCAUAAAAAAAACCAAACAAAACAAACAAACAAUUUCGAAACCAUUUGCAAUAUGUGCCGCAAUAGUCCAUAAAUGUUCCUUAUACGAAUUAAACAUUGAAAGUGAAACCAGAGUUUAUUUUUUUUUUAAAUAUAUAUAAAUAUAUUAAUGUAUAAUUGUUGCAUAAUCUAACUUUCAACUUAAUAUGUUACAUUUUACAUGUGCGUGUUCGACUGUGUGUGAAUAACCUCUUGCGUUUUAUUAGUUGCUUGCCUUACAAAAAGAGAACAAAAAUAGAAA